AGUGCACGUGUGCUUUAUAACAGAGGGAUCUCUGGGAAGGUAUUUACAUCUCUGCAUCUCCAGGGCUAUCUGUGUGGAGGUCCAGUGCGGUUCUAACCUCUGCUCCUCAUCACAACUCAUGCUAUGGGGGCAGCCAUGCUCCUCUGGUCCUUGGGUCUCCUCUCCCUCACAUCUCCAGUCAUUUCAGAUCCCCACUAUCUACUGGCCUUCCCAGCAGUCAUUCAGCAUCCCAGCACUGAAAUGUUCUGUGUACUUCUGCGCUCCCUCCCAGAGACAGUCCACUUGGUAGUAACAUUAGAGAUGAGGAUCCAGAACCACACCCUGCUGGAGAAGGAUGUGGAGAAGCCAGGAGUCUAUGAAUGCACCAGCUUCCAGGUCCCCCCCUUUCCCCCCAAGAAAAACGUCAACCCUCUAAUCGAUGAAGAAGUGGCCAGUGUGCAUGUUCUAAUCCAAAAGGGCAACAGUGUGAGCUUUGAGGACAGGAAGAAAGUGCUGGUCAGGAACUCUUAUACAAGGCAUAUCAUAGAAUCAGACAAGCCCUUUUACAAGCCUGGAGAAACAGUCAGGUUUCGCAUUGUGAGGUUUGAUGACGAAUUUAAGGCCAUUGAUAAAACAAUCUCUUUGAUACAGCUGAAAGAUCCUAAUGAGAACCGAAUAGGGCAGUGGGUGGAUGUGAAGCCUCACCAUGGCAUUGUGGAUCUGUCCUUCCCACUGGCCUCUGAAGCAGCCCUGGGAACAUACAGCAUUGAAGUGGGACGUAUGGCUGACAUUGAUCGGUUGACAAAAAGAGAAUUCACAGUGGAGGAGUAUGAGCUGCCUAAAUUUGAAGUUUUGUUUGAGUUCCCAUCACUAGUCACCACAUCAGAUGAAGAAUUUCAGGUCAACGUGUGCAGCAAGUACACAUAUGGGAAGCCUGUUUCAGGAAAGGUGCAUCUCACACUGAUAAGGGAAGCAUCAUUUAUUUUUGAAGAGGAUACAAAUGAAACAUUAUCAGACAUUACAAAAGAGUAUACUGGUCAGACGGACAAAACUGGCUGUGUUUCUUUUACCAUUAAUGGGACUGAUAUUAAUCUGUCUCAAAAAGGCUAUCUAAGUCAAGCUGUGUUUUAUGCAGAUCUGGAGGAGAAAGGAACAGGAGUGAAGGAAUCGGGAUCGGACACUAUGGCUAUCGCUGUCCAGGAAAUGAAUGUGGGGUUUUCCCAACUCAAUCCAUUCUAUAAGCAAGGUUUUCCGUACGCUGGAAAGAUCAUAGCUUUCAUCAAUGAAUCGCCUGUCAAGAAUUGGACAGUCUACCUCACAGUUGAUGUUGAUGAUGUAGAGACACACAUCCCAUAUGUCACAGAUGACAAUGGUGAAGCAGACUUCUCCCUAGACACGACCAACUGGAAAAACACCAUAGUUUCCAUAAGGAGUAGAUACUCCAUUGAGAAUGUGACCCAGAGUGAGCUUGCUGGGAUGAUGUUUUCUGAAGAUUUCAAAUGGCUGAAGCCUUUCUACUCAGAGAGCAAUAGUUUUCUUGAGAUCCAGCAUGUGCAGGAAGAGAUACCUUGUGGAAAGGAUCAGGAAGUCCUGGUGGAUUAUAUCCUUGACCGGAAAGAACUGGGCCCUGAGGCUGACCACGUAGAUUUCUAUUACUUGGUUUUAUCAAAAGGGAAGAUUGUCUCCAGUGGACAAAAGCCGGUGCCGGUUGGCCAGGAUGAGACUCUGAAAGGCACCUUCUCUCUCACCUUGUUGGUGAACUCUGAUCUGGCACCCACUGCCUGGCUUCUGCUAUAUGCUGUGUUUCCUGAUGGAGAGGUGGCGGCUGACGUGGAUGAGUUCACAAUAGACAAGUGCUUCAAAUAUGAGGUGACUUUGGGCUUUUCUGAGGAGGAGGAACUUCCAGGGUCAAAUGUCAAUCUGCAAAUAGAAGCUUCCCCUGGUGCGCUGUGUUCUCUCCGUGCUGUGGACAAGAGUGUUGCCCUGAAGGAGAAUGCAACCCUGACAGCAGAAAAAGUGUUUGAAAUUCAUCAGGCUUAUUGGGGUUAUAUAAUUGGCGGAAGAGGAUUUGCCUAUCGCUUGGAAGACUUUGAACCAUAUCCUUGUCUUCCCCCUCUGGAUUCCAGUAAAAAACAACAAGGGUCCUCGAGGGCAGCUCCUUGGUAUCAGAGUGAAGCUGAUGUUUAUAGCCUGUUUAAGCAACUAAGAAUGAAAAUUUUAACCAACACGAAGGUUAAAAAGCCGGUUUCAUGUGAGCUUCCGCAAGCAGGGAAACCACAUUUUAAAAGUGCUAAAGACACGUCAAUAAUCCCUGUCCAAAGUAAUCUAGACGUGGCUCAGGCUCUUAAUUCCCUAGAAAGUAAGAAGGAAGAGAGACCCAAAGCCAGGACAUACUUUCCAGAGGCCUGGAUCUGGGAUUUAGUUCCAGUCAACGAGGAGGGGAAAGCAAUUCACUCAGUCACAAUUCCAGACACUAUCACAGAAUGGAACGCUGAUGCAUUCUGUGUGGCAGACGUUGGCUUUGGACUCUCCCGACAAGCCACGCUCCGGGUCUUCCAGCCUUUUUUUGUGGAUCUAGCGCUGCCAUAUUCCGUGAUCCGUGGAGAGACUUUCCAGCUAAAGGCCACUGUCUUCAAUUACCUCAAGGACUGUAUCCAGGUGAGAGUCAAGCUGCUGCAGUCUCAAGACGUGGAGGUGAAGCCAUGUCCAGCCUGCCAGUUGGAAACCUGCCUCUGUGCUGACGAGGCCCAGACCUUUUCCUGGAAUGUGACGGCCACUCAGCUUGGGCACGUCAACUUCUCGAUAACUGCCGAGGCAGAGGAGACGCAUCAUCUGUGUGGCAACAAGAUCUCCACAACGCCUGCGCGAGGCAGGUCAGACACGGUGGUAAAAGCCCUGCUUGUCAAGCCGGAAGGCAUCCUGGAAGAAGAGACCCACAAUGUAUUCCUCUGCUCCUCAGGGGACACAGUUCUGGAUGAGGUUUCUCUAAAGCUGCCUGAAGCUGUUGUGAAGGACUCUGGCCAAGCCACCAUCUCUGCCAUUGGAGACAUUUUGGGCACCUCAUUAGAACACAUAGACCGCCUGGUUCAGAUACCCCUCGGCUGCGGUGAGCAAAACUUGAUGAAAUUUGUUCCCAACAUUUUUAUACUCCAGUACUUGGAGAAGACGAACCAGGCAGCUCCCCCCUUCAAAAAGAACACGAUAGAAUUCCUACAGAGUGGAUAUCAACGCCAACUGCUUUACAAACAUGACAAUGGCUCCUACAGUGCUUUUGGGAAGCGUGAUGCUGAGGGGAAUACCUGGCUGACAGCUUCUGUGGCGAAGGCUUUUGGACGUUUAAAGUCCUAUAUCUAUGUUGAUGAGCAGCACAUUGAGGAUGCUGUAGGCUGGCUGAGACAACACCAACUUCCCAGUGGCUGCUUUGAAAAUGUGGGAAGGGUCUUCAACAAUGCCGUGAAGGGUGGCGUGGAUGAUGGUAUUUCACUGACAGCUUACAUUGCUGCCUCAUUGCUGGAGCUCCACCUGCAGAAGAAUGGUACAAUGGUAGAUGAUGCCUUGCUUUGCCUGAAGAAGAACUUAAGUUCUGUGCACGAUGCCUAUCCUAAGGCCUUGUUGGCUUACGUCUUCACAAUGGCUGGGGAUAGAGAGACACGACAAAGCCUCCUGAAAGACUUAGAUGAGCAGGCCGACAAAACAGAAGGAACUGUAUCCUUGUCAGAUAUGGAGACCACAGCCUACUUUUUGUUGGCUGUCCUUUCGACACCAGAGGUGUCCACAGAUGACAUCAACUAUGCAUCUAAGAUUGUGCCUACUCUCACCAAGCUACAGAACCCUUAUGGGGGCUUUACAUCUACACAGAACACAGUGCUUGCUCUGCAGGCUUUGUCCGCAUAUGCAGCCUUGACCUAUCGUGAGACAGAAGAUGUAAAAGUGCUGGUAAAAUCCAGUGAGGGCUUCCAACAUGACUUCCAUGUGGACAAGAAGAACCGGCUGGUGCUGCAACAAGCCUCUCUCCCAGAGGUUCCUGGUCAAUACAGUGUGGAGGUGUCGGGGAAUGGCUGCGUCUACAUGCAGACUAUUCUUCGAUAUCAUGAAGCACCUCCACAGUCUGAAGCUUUUGCUUUGAGCGUAGAGACAUCACCAAAGGAAUGCAACCAGGCUUCCAAAGAACAUUUUGAUAUCCUCCUCCAAGUAAGCUACACAGGGACACGAAAUACAACCAACAUGGUCUUGAUAGAGGUGAAUAUGCUGUCUGGAUAUAUUCCUGUGAAGAAGUCUGUGAAGAAGGAACAAAGUAAUCUGCCUUAUACCAAUUCAGGCCAUUUGGUAUUAUCUAGCUCAGUACUGAUGACACGGACUAGCAUUGGCUCUCCAGGAUUCCAGCUGCUACAGAAGCCCCUAGUUAAAAAGGUGGAAUUUGAGCCUGACAAGAUCAGCAUCUACCUAGAUCAGCUGGAUAAAAAUGUUCAAAGCUUUAGUUUGUCUGUGGACCAGGAAACAGAAGUGGUGGAUCUAAAGCCAGCAACAGUAAAAGUCUAUGAUUAUUACCAUCCAGAAGACAAAGCGGAUGCUGAAUAUGACGCUCCCUGCAGCACAGAGAGCACAAAGAAAGACCACCACUAGUUCUGCAUCCAAGAAAAGAACCACACCCAUGUGAACAAUCAUAUUGCUGGAGAAGAUCCCCCAUCUUAGAUUAUUGUUUUGUGACUGCUUUUUUGGGUCAUGUACAGACUGUGGCUUAAGAUCUCUGUGUGUAAACAGAAAGCACUUCUGCAUGUGCAUAGGGAAGUCACUGAUUUCCCCCUUGUGCAUGCAGUUCUCUUAUCUCCCAAAAUGCUGCAUGGCAUAUUACGCCGGAGAGGGUCUGCCAACCCUCUGAAGUAGCUUUUUGGCGAGUGUAAGAAGCUGCAGUCAAGGGGAAAAACUGGUAGCUUUCCACAUGUGCACAGAGGUGCUUUCUGCUCAUGCACAAGUGGACAAUGAAGUGCUAUUGUUGGCAUUGCCCAUAGUACACAUGUGCAUAUUUUGGGAUGGGUAUUCUAAAAGCAGCUGGUAGAAGCAAGUGACAGUACACAUGUAGAGAUGUGAAGGCUUGGGAGAGGGAUCUGGACAAUUAGGGGACCCCCUUCCAUUCCUAUUGACCUAAAAUAGAAUUUUGGGGGAAGGGGGAAUCUUAUGAAAUAUUUUCUCUUUCAGAAAGAUGAGUGCAAUACGCUUUAAAGCAAUGUCUUCAGAAUCAAUUCAUACUGGUGAUUGAGAUGUAGUAGUAAUGAUAGCAUUGCUCUGCUGCAUUUGCCUAGAUCUCUACACAAGGAAACAUAGGGCGUUCAAAUAUUGUGGCAUACACAACAAAUACUAGUCUAGUCUAGGGGUUUUCCAUGCACAUUGCUCCUAACAUUGGAUGGCAACGUGGCCUUUCUCCAACAUAACUUCUGGCACCUCUUCCUUGUCACUUGCCUCAGACUCUUCCACCAUUUGUAUCAGAUGGAAGAAUGGAGUGCUUGAAAACAGACAUAAGCAAUCAGAGAACAAAAUAUGUGAAAAGAAUGAAAAGUUUGUUAAUUUCUGCAAACCUUCAAUUUUCUGAAGUCCAUGAAACUUAAAGUUGGAAUAAGAAGCUAUGGAACUUUAAGACACUGAUUCUGUCGGUGGGGACUUGAUAUAUUAUCUAGUUGCAAGAACCAGGGUACAAAAAGAAUAAAUAUGGGUUCAAAGUAACAUUGUCAUAUAGUCACUAUUGUGCAUAAUGAAGAUAUAAUAUUGAAGAGUUCAAUGAUCUAAAGUUUAAGUAAAUAUCCAAAUGUACUGCUACUGAAUUACUUUACAAGGAUAAUUAUUUUCUGAAAUAAAGAGUUUCUGCUCUUUCUGCAUGAUAA